UGACAGGAAGCGUCUGUAGCUUCUCGCCUUUUUUUUUCAUGUCGCGUUGCUUGAUGUUUGAUUUGAGCUGCUGCCGAUGUCUUAAACGUGCGUGGUGCAAGACUGCAACACCGUCGAGUUCCUUCAAGUUAAAUUUAUCUUGUGUGUACAGUUCGAUUUAGUUGGUGAGACUGAAAGCGAUAUAGAUUUGUCGAAAAAAAAGUGAAAUAUUCAGAUCUGGAGAUGACUUCUGGAGAUUUGGGGCUCACCGAGGGUUUGGGGCAAGACAUCAGCCAGGAGGAGCUGGACUUCUCCGUCCUGUUUCUGUAUAACUCAGCUGUUGCCUGUGAUGAAGAUGACUCAGGUGCACUCCUUCCAAAUGAGAACCAGCCUCCUCUGCUGGUGGUCGACCAUCACGCUGCGUACAGCUCCGGCUGCAACCAGCCAGCCUCCACUCAGGACUUCUCUUCUCACAGUCCUGCCACAGAACACCUGUCAAGGGCAGUGUUUGACUCCCUGGGUCUGGGAUCAAGACCAGAAACCACUCCUGCUCCCAGCCCCAGGAUUGAGAUCACUCUGUCAGGUGACUCUCUCAGCUCUCAAACCCUGGAACUGAGCCCUAGAACCAAAGCUCUGGGGACCUACAGGGAGUGUGUGAGCCCUGCCAGCAGCAACUCCUCCACAGGCUGGCCCGCAGAGGCGUACUCUCCUGUAGCUUCACCAUGUGUCUCCCCUUCUAAUGGAGCCUGUGGCACAGGGCUGUCUGGUUUAGACAUCCACACUUCUUCUGCCCACUCCUCUCCAGGAGCCUCGCCUCGCAACAGCAUCACGGACGAGACCUUUCUCCUGCCCCAGAACCAACGCACCACCUCAUCCAUCCCCCACCAGCGCUCUCGCUCUGCCUCCCCACAGGGAAAGCGCUCUUAUGACCAGGCUUACUCCUGCCAAGGAGGCACUCCUGUCAAGCAACGCUCUAGAAGCCCCAGCCCCAUCCCCUCGCCCCAGGAGCAGCAGGGGUCCUAUUCCCACCACCCGGGUCAAGCUGAGUUUCAGCCCCAAGCUCAGACCUCCUUGCUGGCCCUGGAGGAUGUGAUGAGCAGCCUCAACUCCAGUCUACCCAAAGUAAACCGUUCUGCCGUGGUGCGAGAUGCACAUGGUCAGGCCCAAAGACAGGACUGUGUGUAUGGAGAUGGGUAUGACUGGGCCUAUGAGCAAGAGAGGAUGGCCGGAGCAGGGGAAGUCAAGUCUGAAACCUUCUAUAUGGUCCCAGCUUUGUGGACUCCUCCUCACCCAGUCCACCACGGAGCAUUCAGCGGUCUGCCAGUGGCUCCACUUCCAUCUUUAGAGUGGCAAUUACCCAGUCAGUUUGGUCAGUGUGAGCUUCUUAUCCAGCAACAGCCCAAGUCUCAUCAUAGAGCUCACUAUGAGACUGAGGGCAGCCGAGGAGCUGUAAAGACAUCCAAUGGAGGGCAUCCUGAAGUACAGCUCCGCGGGUAUCAAGGCACGGCUCCACUGGCGCUGCAGGUCUUCAUAGGAACAGCUGAUGAGAGGCUCCUCAAACCCCACGCUUUUUACCAGGUCCACCGCAUCACUGGUAAAACCGUCACCACACCAAGCAUGGAGAGGAUGAUCAAUGGGACCAAAUUGUUGGAGAUCCCUCUGGAGCCAAAGAACCACAUGAGAGUGGUGAUUGACUGUGUAGGAAUUCUGAAGUUGAGAAAUGCCGACAUUGAACUUAGGAACGGUGAGACGGACGUGGGACGAAAAAACACACGUGUACGUUUGGUUUUUCGGGUCCACAUUCCUCAGUCUGGAGGCCAGCUCACGUCCCUUCAAGUUGCCUCUGAGCCUAUUGAAUGCUCCCAGCGCUCAGCUCAGGAGUACCCCGUGGUCGAGAGACAGGACCUGGACCAAUGCUCAGUACUUGGUGGUCAACAAAUGGUCCUUAGUGGACAAAAUUUCACAUCUGACUCCAAAGUGAUUUUCUCAGAGAAGACACAAGAUGGGCGGCAAAUCUGGGAGAUGGAGGCAUCUGUGGACAGAGACAAAACCCAACCUAACAUGCUAUUCGUUGAGGUCCCUCCGUAUCGAGACCACACCGUUCCCAACCCAACCAAGGUCAACUUUUACGUCGUGAACGGGAAAAAGAAACGCAGUCAGCCACAGCAUUUUGUCUACACUCCUGUCAUAGCUAUUAAAGCAGAACCACUUGAUGAUGAUCAUUUGAAUUCAUAUGGCUACUCAGACAAUCAGUCUCUGACUGGCCUGUCAAUGAAGUCCCUCUAUCAUCACCUGGAGCAAGACAGCAACCUCCAAGCCUUGAAUAUUUCACCAUCACUGUACCAUCUAACCACUGUAGAGCCCAGAGCCCAUACUUUGACCCCUGAUCCACUGGACGACCAACCAGGCUUUUACCAGUCCAGAUCCAGCACUCUGAUCAACAGCCCCAUGCUGUAUCGCACUGCAAACCAACAUUACAGCAAUUGUGGUACCGCCCUCCUCAGUGGUUUCCCAAUGGCUUCCCACCCUGACUCCACUCCCAGCCGUUGUGUCAGCGCCGGAGGCCCUGUGGCGAAACUGGGAGAAGGUCUUCAUGUUGGGGAUUCAUUUGAUGCCUGUUUAAUGUCAAGACAUCACAGUUUUGUGCAGAAUACGCUGCCACUGGGAAAGUCACCGCCUUCAAGAUACAUUCAAGGUGUAGCUCAAGGGAAGGCUGGAAGCCGAGUAGAGCCAGGCCGCCAACAUCUGACGCAGAUUGGCUCUGGUAGAGGAAAUCAUGAGGAACGAGCUCCAGAGAGGAUCACGGUCAAACAAGAGAACCUCCGCUAUGCUUAUCUGGAGGAUGUGAAUGACAUCAUAAGAAGAGACCUGAAAGAUCCCAAUGGAGAGUGAUCCUGUAGGCCUGGAGCAGCCCUGACGUCCAUCACAUUUAAAGUUAAAGCAGUGAGCAUAAUAUGUGGAACUAUACAUAUAAAAUCCUAAUUGUCUCAGCUUGUACUUAUGAAACAUGCAACUAAAUAAAUGUAAUCAAGUGAUGGCUGAAAAAAUAGAAACAGAUCCACAAGCUUAUGUUGGCUUUAUUUCAUCUUGUUUCUGUGGAGUUAGGAAGACUGGUGGUUGUUCACUGGGCGGUACUUACUUUUCAAACUUGGUUACAACAUUUCACAUGGAAAUACUUGUAAGCUCUUUGUUAGCCUUCAUUACAAUACUUUUUAGCCUUUGCAAGUGUAGUACAACAUGUAUGUCUCUUAUCUUAUACUGUUUAUUGUUGUCUCCUUAUUUUAAUAUGUUUGACUUCUAUCUGUUCUUAUUAUUUGUACAAUUGCUCAUUGUAAGCAUGUAUAAAAUAUUUUAUAUUAAACCA